AUGUCGCUGUACCGCAAGAACGAGCCCAUCACUGUCAUUACCGCCCACGACUUUCCCUCGGCACAUGUCGCCGACCAGGCAGGCAUUGACAUCGUCCUGGUUGGCGAUUCGCUGGCAAUGGUAGCCCUCGGUAUGGACGACACCAGCGAAGUCCUCAUGGAAGAGAUGCUUCUACACUGUCGUAGCGUUGCCAGGGGUGCCAAAUCUGCCUUCAUUGUUGGCGACCUUCCCAUGGGUACUUACGAGAUCUCACCCGACCAAGCCCUGCAAUCCGCAAUCACCAUGGUCAAGGCCGGCCGCGUCCAUGGCAUUAAGCUCGAAGGCGGCGCCGAGAUGGCUCCCACCAUCAAGAAGAUCACAUCCGCCGGUAUUCCUGUCCUCGCUCACGUCGGUCUCACACCCCAACGACAAAACUCUCUUGGUGGCUUCAGAGUCCAAGGCAAGACAACCGCAAGCGCAAUCAAGUUGCUACAAGAUGCAUUGGCAGUACAAGAGGCGGGUGCUUUUGCAAUGGUCGUCGAGGCCGUGCCAGCUGAGAUUGCAACUCUGGUUACGAAAAAGCUUCGCGUUCCUACCAUUGGCAUUGGCGCUGGAAACGGCUGCUCAGGCCAGGUGCUUGUUCAAGUCGACAUGCUGGGCAACUUCCCUCCUGGCCGCUUCCUACCCAAGUUUGUCAAGAAGUACGGAGAUGUCUGGGGUGAGUCGUCAAGGGCAAUCCAGCAGUACAAAGAGGAAGUCAAGAGUCGAGCAUACCCUGCUGUUGAGCAUACAUACCCUAUGCCCCAGGCAGAGCUUGCCGAGUUCAAAAAGUUGGUUGGUGAGGAGAAGGAGGAUAUCUAA